CCCGUGCCCGCUCACCCCGCGCCGUGCCCUCGGCCGGGCCCGCGGGGCCGCUCGCGCUCAUUGGCCCGGGCGCGGCGGAAGCGGCGCCGCAGGAGCGGGAUGAGCCCGCCCUGACGCGGCCUGCCCGGCUGAGGGGAGUGUCAUGUAAAAACAACAUUUUCCUGUGAAAACAGAAAAUGGCUUCAAGAGGAACAACAGAGACCAGUAAACUAAAACAAAACUUGGAGGAGCAGUUGGACAGAUUAAUGCAACAACUUCAAGAUUUGGAAGAGUGCAGAGAGGAGCUGGAUGCAGAUGAGUAUGAGGAGACCAAAAAAGAAACUCUUGAGCAGCUGAGUGAGUUCAAUGACUCCCUGAAGAAGAUUAUGUCUGGAGAUAUGACUUUGGUGGAUGAGCUCAGUGGCAUGCAACUGGCAAUACAAGCAGCCAUCAGCCAAGCAUUUAAAACUCCAGAAGUGAUUAGGAUGUUUGCAAAGAAGCAGCCGAGGCAAUUGAGGACAAGACUGGCAGAGAUGGACAGAGACUUAAUGGUUGGGAAGUUGCCACGAGACCUGUACACCCAACAGAAACUGGAAAUCCUGACUGCCCUCAGAAAGCUGGGUGAGAAGCUCACUGGUGAUGAUGAGAUGUUCUUGUCAACAAAUGCUGGUACAGCCCUGAGCCAAUUUGAGAGAGUUUCCACUGACCUUGGAUCAGGAGACAAGGUCUUUGCUCUUGCAAGUGUUGAAGUAGAAAAGGCAAAACAAUGAAGAGGUUCGUGAGGCUUGUGUCUCCAGUUAUCAGCAGCACUGGAUUUUGGUCAUACUGCGUUUGGUUUUUCUAUUUCUUACAUGUCGAAAAAAAAGCAAAGCAAAACAAAAAACCCAAGCCCUAAAUCUCUUGGGUCCUUAACCAGAAGAUAUGAAGUAAACAGCCUUAAGUGCACUUUGGGACCUUGGUGUCUGUACCCUUUCAGUAAUACAAGCUCUGAGGCUGAACACUAAGAGGAACUCUAAAACAAAAGCAUGGUGUGACUGUCUUUGGAAAGAGUCAGUUGUUUUGAACUUUUCUGAAUGUGUAUUUCUCUAACUAUUAAAACUUAAUCUUUUUGCA